AUGGCGUCUUCUUGUGCCGGGCCCGCGACCCGGGUGAGAAACACGGCGAGUGUCAAAGACUUAAAGAAGUGCUUUCGGUUACACAUCAAGCAGGUCGCGCACUUGGAUGUGAAAAGUUUCCGAGAGGAUGAGGACGUAGUGAUAGCAAAAUAUGAGCAGCUCCUGUUGGAUAUCUUGGAGCAGACUUUGAGACCCACAGAAAAGGUGUUAACCUCCGCACUUCAAGAAUCGUACGAGCUGAGUAUGAAAGAUUGCAAGGCGGUUGCAAGGUCUAUACAUGCUUGUUUCAAACAUUGCAGAGCCAAGCUACAGAGCACGACGAGCGGCAAGAGGUUGGAUCCAGCGACCUACCGUGUUGUCGCCAGACUCAGAGAUCUGCAGGGGCCGAAGCUACCUGGGACGCCAUUGUCGAACAAGUCGAAGGCUUCUUCUCCUGCAGCUGGGUCAGCAUCUUCGUUGGCUACUAGUUCUGUGCAAGUGAGUCCUAUGCAACCGACAAAGCUGCAUUUCACACCAAGCAAGCGUUUGAAGAACAAGCAGAGUGCAUCCUCGAGCGACAUUUUUGCCCUGUAUGGAUUGCCGGCGGACAGCCUGACGGCGGCUGCAAGGGGCAGCAGGCCUGCAGCUGCAGCUGUGGAAUUGAUAGAGGAUGAUGACGAUGAGCAAGCUUCAUUAGAGAUCUCUAGCCACGGGGGCACGAUAUUAGGGAGCUCUGAGGAAGAGGCCGCUGCAGUUCCGGAGAUGAAGCCCUUCUUCGAUCCCGCUGAAGGCUGCUGUGUGAAGUUGGCUCCAGGAGGCGAAACCAUUCGUGGCGAACUGCAGCCCGGCCCAGAUGGAUUGUGUACGGUGCACUUCGAAGGGGAGGUGGCGUUCGAGAGCCAGGCCGUCCAGGCCGAGGCACCUGCCGAAGCCGCCGGCGAGGAAGAAGGGCAACACAGCUACACACUUCGUUUCGACGAAGGCCAGAUAUGCUUGGACAUCUUGGUCCGUAACCGUGCCAUUUGGGUGAAAAAGCCUCCAGGCUGCAAAGGCGAAUACAGCUUCAGUCAGUAUGAGACGAUUGCCCUCUGCUUUGAGGAGUUUUUGGCGACCUCGGCUAGCAUCGAUCGACUUCAACGAGUUGCACCGCGAUCUCCUUGGCAGGAGGAGGCUAUGGGCAUACCGGACCUCCAGGUGUUGCCCAUCAUGCAAAGGACCUGGACACCGGAAAGCUGGCGCCGAGAGUACAUGUACGACCGGGUUUACCAGGGUCAUUUACAAAUGGAGUGCGAGCAAGGCAAGGAAGACUCGGGCAGCUAUGGCGAGGCGGACGGCGUUGCAGCCUCGGGCAUCGUCGACACUCCGUCGUCGGGCGAAGAGGAGAUCGCGGCCCUGCAGAGCUACGAGGAGGAGCAAGAAAAAGAAGGCUUGCCAUGUCGCAUGCAGGCAGCGUCUCAGGCCUGGCAAGCCGUGCGAUCUUCUCAAAAGGCUGCCCGCGACUUGGAAGUCGCAGUAAAAGUGGAGAAGUCGACCGAUGCCUCAGCACAUGACAAACAACGGGCUUCCCUUUGUGCCAUGGGUACUGCUUGGCAAAAGAUGCAAGCGGAAAAUGCACCAGGGCAUGAUCCGGAGUUGUCGAAGCAUAUGGGAAAAUAUGCGGCUCCUGGGAAGGAGCCAGCUCCGGAGAAGGAGGCUGAUCCGGGGUCCGAGUGGCCAUGGAAUCGGCCGGACAAGGAGCCCGAUGAGCAGGAGCCAGCUCCUGAGCAGAAGGAGGCGGACAAAAAGGAGCCGGGCAAUGAUCGCUGGAGCAGAGGCUGGGACUGGGAUCGUGGUGGUUGCAAGAACAAAGGGCAGAAAGGCUGGCAGAAGGACGAGUCGACGGCCGUGACCCCUUGGCAGCCAUCGGCAAAUGAGGCCCGCCACCUGCAGUACUGGACCACGUCCGAAUGGGAGAAUGAUUAUAUCGACACGACAAAUGAUGCGGGGCGUUGGAUUGGAGACAAGCCCGACGACAGGAUGAAGCUUCGCAGGCUGGCGAAGGAGCGAUCCUCUGGCGAUGCAGCCAAGGGAUCCGACCGUGCUUUCGAGCCGCCUCAGCCUCCAGAAGAGCCGCCUGAGGAUGAUGGUGCCCAGCAGGAACAGGACUCCGGUCUCGAAGUAGUGUUGUCGCCGACAUUCCGAGAGCUGGUCGAAGGGGCGGAGACCAUCGAACAUGUGAAUGCAUUGGAUCUCACGUACAAGAAGUUGAAACGCCUGCAGGAGAACCUCCAGUACGACCCGGAUCAAUUGGAUCAGGAUUGGUCUGAUCGCCGCUGGGAUGAUCAGCUGCAGGAUGACGAUUGGUCUGCUGGCCGCCGUUGGUGGUACGACCGCAGCUACGGCGACUACGGCCGUGGUUGGGUGGACUACGAGCAAGACUACGACCCCGAGCUUCCAUCGAUCAUGGCCCCGAAGGCAAAGUCAGCCGGAGCCAAGGCCAAGGCCGCCGGUAAGGUCCAGAAGACGGCGGCGAAAACGGCCGCCGAGAAUAAAUGGAUGGGUGGCAGGGUCAAAGCAGAGAAGUCGACCCCACCGAAGGCAAAGCGGGAGUCGGCAACGGGGGCGCCGCCGCUGGACCCGGCAACGACAGCCAAUUCGGGGGGCACCCUCGGUUUCGCCAGAGGAACGAUAUCUGCUCUCCUCACCAGCUUGAAGUAUCAGGCAAGAGCAUCUCAGAGUGCGACUCCGGAGCAGAAGCAAAAUGCCCAGAAGACAUUGGAGGAGUCGGCGGAGUACGAGCAAGCAGAGUCGGUGGAGAAGAAAAGGCUUAUUUUGAACAGGUUGCAAGAGUACGGUGUCAAGAAUUGCAGCUGGGUCAACACCCUUCACCAAGCCGUGGAGAACAAGGAUACCAGCAGCGAGCGGUCAAAGAUCUUCGAGCUCAAAGGCAUCGAGGUCGACGGGGCCACGGACGUUGAGAAGGACGAGAUAUUGGAGGAGGUUUUGAAAGAAGCAGAGGCAGAGUUCCAGUACGAUCGCAAAGUGGAGAAGCACCCCAAGUUUCCUUGCUUGAACAAGUACCUGUUCAAGUACACUGAGGGCCUGACAGAGACCACAGCCACCGAGAGCACAAAGAAAAUGGAAAGCUGGGCGAACAACCUCAAGAAAGGGAACCAGAUGAGCUUGGAGCUCCUUGGAAGGAACUCCGCCCCCAGUGGGAGCAGUACGGAUGCAAUGGAGAAGUUGAGCGAUUCCUACAAGUUGUUGGCGGAGAAACACAAGGAGCCCAAUGGAUCCGGCUUGGAACAAGAAGAGUUCUUGAAGGAAGUGCGGGUAAACUUGGCCGAAGGGCUUCCCAACGACAAGAGCGGCGAUUACCAGGACAAAGUCGGCCAAACGAUCAAAUUAAUCGAGCAGUGUACCAACCAUCACAAGGCAUCGGGCCAUGUCAUUAAGCAGACGAAGCAGCUGAUGUCCUCGGAGCUUCGAUUCUUGCUGAAUUUGGAGCUUUCGCCGUCAGCUCGUAUGUUCGAGAAUGCGAAGAAUGCUGGAACGGCGAACAUAGACGACCUUGCUGUUAAUCGCAAACACGGCAACCAGAAUCGCGAUCUGCUGCGGAAAGCGUUUCGCAACACGAAAUGGAUGCCGAUUGCAGCCUUUCCUAAAGAGUUCAACUCCAAGAAGAACACCUACGAAUGCGUAUUCGAGGCAUGUUUGGCAGAACUCCGGGCAGACUGGAGCGCCUACAAAGAUGUAUUGGACUUUCCUUCCUGGUCGAGCACUGGUUUCAUCUGUUGGAGGCUAGCAGGAGUGAAGGUUCCGAGUGUGCCGGGACAAAGCUGGGACCAGAAACUCUCCGAGGCGAGGGAGGCAGCUUUGGCAAAGUGGCUAGGGAUUCUUGAAAGGUUCCCUGACGAUUUUGGUCUUUCUCUGUCGAUUCGGUUAGAUAAGGAGAACGGGCGAGACUCUGACUUGAAGUCUUCCUUGCAAGAUGUGUUUUCUCAGAAGGCCAGCGUCACGAUCUCGGGUCGUGCUGGGCCUCUUGCCAGGUACAUCAAGCACUGCCGAAGUUGCCAGGUCCUGCCUUUCCCUGUCACUGAAGCAGGGAUCUAUGCUUUCCUUCAGGAUUAUGCAUCUCACGAGGCGCCCACUUUCGCCAGGAGUUUCUUGAGCAGCCUCGCUUUUGCAAAGUUCACUGUGAGCUUGAAGGUGAGUGAUGAAGUCUUCAGCCCUAGGGUCCGUGGACUGUCGUCGAAGCUGUAUCUCGAAAAGAGGAAGACUCGGCAAAAGCCGUCGCUCAAAGUUGAUCAUGUGCGCAAGUUGGAGGCCAUCGCCUCCGGCUCAAUCGUGCUCGAACCUUCAGACCGGGUCGCUGCUGGCUUCUUCGUGUGGACCUUGUAUGCACGAGCGAGGUACUCGGAUGCCCAAGCUGCGGGUGCAAUGACUUGCGACUUGAGCGAUACGCCAGACGGCACAGAGCGAAGCAAGACUUCGUUCUCACUGGAAAGAAAGGUCAGGUAUUUGCACAUGUUUGCUCCCAUCCAAGGAAUAGGCGAGGUGCCCUGGGGUGUCAAGUGGUUUGAGUUCUACAAGGAGCAUGGGCCUCCUUUGGGGUCGGGUAAGCCUUUGCUUCCGAGUCCGCUCUCUGGCGGAGGGUGGCAAACGUCGCCGUUGGCGGUGGCGAGUGCCACGAAAUGGAUGAAGUCACUCUUGAUCCGUGCAGGUUGCGACAGGUCUUCCGUUGAACCGCUUGGGACGCAUAGUCUCAAGGCAACGACCUUGAGUUGGAGCGCCAAAUUCGGAUUACCCCGCGAGGUGAGAGCGGCCCUUGGCUAUCACGCCAGGGGCCGUGAUGGAACCGAGCUCAUCUAUGGGAGAGACAACAUGUCUGCUCCUGUGCGCCAGCUGCAAGGGGUUCUGCUCGAAGUGUCACGCGAAAGGUUCAUGCCGGAUGCCACCAGGUCCGGUUACUUCGUGAAGCGCUUUGAAGAUCCAGAGGGGAUGCCCAUUCCUCCUGACGAGGUUCUGUCGGAUUCUUCUUCCGAGGCCAGCGAGGAUGCCGAGGAUGUCGAUCAUGUAGCUGCGGAGGCGGCCACCGACGAGUUGGGAAGGCAAUGGGAGCCCGAUGCAGGCUUGCGUGCCGAGCUUGAAGCAGUCCCUUUGUUCAGGAACAGGGACAGCCGUUUCAUUCAUGCUGUCGCGUCCGAAGAAGGCGACAAGUUCAGAUGUGGGAGAAACAUCUCGACCAGGAGAUGCAGUGAAAAGGAGCUUCUGAGCCACGAGGUGCGGAUUCGGGAGUGCUCUGAGAACAUUCAGCAUGUGGGAAACUUGAGGAGGCUGGCUUUCAUUUCUUCUUUCACCCCCGGUCAGACUGACGAGGGGCCGUUGAUGCAGGUGUUAAAGGACAUCUUGACGCGAGACCUGACAAUUGCAGACAAGGCGAAGUGGCGUGCGGUUUACAAUGAGGCUUUUGCCAUUGUGACCGCGGAAAUGAAGCAGAGGAUUGAGAAGGCCGACCCUGAGUCGACCGUCAGGCCUUUGUCUCAGCCUGAGAGGUCGGAGCGGUACGAGCGGCAGGCCAAGAAGCUUGUCGGGAUAUCGCUUAAAGGGCCUUUGGAGCCUGCCGACGCACUUGUCGACCUUGCUGCGGCUUCCUAUGAGGCCAAUGAGCUGAGGUACAUUCCGUGGGACCGGUUCACUGUUGAGGAGUCUUCGGGCAAGCUUCGGAUCGAGCAUAAACAGCCUGAUCUGGUUGCGGAUACCUCUUCAGAGAUUCUUGUUCAGCAGGCUCUCACCAGGAGAGCUCUGGCCAUGGAUCAGGCGAACCUGAUCGAGUUCAGUGUUGCUGACCAAUGGACUCAGCGCUUGAUGAAGGCUCGCAUGCAAGCGCCUGCGGAGCAUUUUGCCAGGCCCACUUGGAAGCAGCUUGAGUCGGCGGACCGGCAGCUGUUUGCCGAGCUACGUGACAAGACCAGGGCAGGUGUGCAGACCGUCGCAUCGGGACGCCCGUUGGACUCACUCCUGCCGGAUGCGAUGUACAUGAACGAGGUGUCAUGCCUAUUGCAGCCUUUUCCGGCCCCUUCCAUGAAGGACGCUCCCCAGAAGCCGGAUGCUCCCAAGUGGGAGAGGCCUUCUCCUUACAGCAAAGGUGGGGGCAAAGGAAAGAAAGGUAAGCAGAGGUUCAUGACAAGGUUGCCCGCCGGCUUGGAAGGCUGCAGGUCCCACACUAAUCGUGGGGACCCAAUCUGCUUUGCCUUCAACCUGGGUGGCUGCUCGACGAAGGGGCAGAAGUGCGAGAAAGGCUUGCACGUCUGUGCAGGUGCCUCGCUGAUGGCCGGUGCUCCAGAGAGUGUGCAUCAGCCGGCAGCGGAGGCCUCGCAGGUGGAUGAUCUCCGAGAAGGAGUUCAUCGGCCGAAAGAUGCAUGCACGGGGGGCUGUCCAACGAAAGGUGUGGAUUGUCGCCCACCUCCGAGUGUUGAUCGAGAGGAUCAUCACGAGCACAACGUUGGCUCGUACAGUGCCAUCGCUGGGCCCUCGCCGAGUGUGGUGGAGGCCGCACGCAGCAGGUCCCCGAAGCAUCGUGAUGGUGCGGGGCCACAGAGCGGCAAAGCGAGUUCUUCACUUGACGAGGGUCAUGUGAGUGCCGCUGAUGUUCUUCGAGUUUUCGAUGGUCUUCCUUCGGAUGACUUAAAGAGGGGUGGCGCCAUCUUUGUAGAGCACGAAGAUGGCCAGGAUGUUUCGUCCCUCAAUGAUGGAUUCCAAGUCAUGGCGCUUGAACACUCGCGCCCUGCCGGGCGGGUGCACAUCCACCUGGUCCCGGUGGACAUCGAUUGUUUUAAGGCUACUUUCGACGCAGUGCAAACCCUACGCCUCGCCAAGCUCUUGCUCGCGUCUGACUUGCAUUGGAGUAUCUUGCAUCCCCUGGCGUCAGCCCUGUGGGGCCAGCUGGACUUGCCCGAUGCGCCCGCGCUGGCAGGCAUGCGCAUACCAGUGUGCCGCUGUCGCCAAAUGCCCCAUGCUGCGGGCUCGCUUGCGCCAGAUUCCUUGUACACACCGAAAUUCUGUGAUGUUUUCGCUGGCCUCUUGCAGCUGUCGGUCGGCCAGGCAGGCCUCUUACUUGAACACGCUGUUCCGCUGCAAUGCUCGCGUCAUUCUGCAGCCGCUGCCGCGGGGCGACAGCCUCGAUUGUCAAAAUUCCAGCCACAGAUCGCCGAAUUUAAGUGCCAAGCCACGGUCCGUGAAUUCCCGUGGCCUCUUCCUUUGGAUGAUAAAGGUAAUCUUAAAUGUGCCAUAGGGUCAAUCCCUCCUGGCUCCCGCCUUCUUCGCAUUGUGUGUGAUCGGGGGGUUGUCGGUGCGAAGCAGGUCGGAAGCCUGUCAGGUGUGCCUUCGUCAGUUACUUUUGGCAUUUACAGCACGGAACAUGAGUUUGUGGCGCAGGCUUUGCAUAUCGAUCAUCCCUUCGACUUGUGCGUGGCAGUCCCGGACUUCAUGCUGAGAGCCUUGGCUUUUACCUUGAAAGAGGGUCCGGUUGGCGUGAUGAAACGCCGUCUGAAUCUGCUCCAGCAGUGGACUUCUUGGAAGCGUGAGUUGUCAAGUGCCGAAGCCGAGCUUCAUGCUGCCAUGGAUCCUGGUGUGGCAUCUGUGAUGAAAGGCAAGAAUAUUUUGCUUCUGGAAAAGAUCGCAUCAACUUUCGGUUGGCCUGACACUGAAGUGUUUGAACACCUUAAGCAUGGGUUUCCUUUGGUCGGGGAGUCGAGCCCUUCCGGCAUUUUCGAUGUAGAUAGAAAGCCGGCUCUGAUGACGCGUGCAGAGCUUGUGCAGCAUGCCAAGUUUCUUAAGCCGGCGCUGUGGGUGAAGGUGGCGAGCGCAGAGGUGGAUGAUCUGGCUCGGGAAGUGUGGGAUUCCACACAACAAGAGAUGCUAGUCAAGGAGUGGCUGACGGGGCCUUACUCGUGGGACGAGCUGCAAGCCCGUCACCCCGAAGGAUGGCUUCCAGUGCGGAGGUUCGGCAUCGUGCAAAAGGCCAAGACGCGAUCGAUCGAUGACGUGGCCGAGAACUCGGUCAACCGCGCUUAUGCCGUCUCCGACCGGAUUGCUCUGAGAGCCCUUGAUGAAUUGGUGUGGCUUGCGAUCACCCUUUUCAAGAUCUUCAUGGCGAAAGGCGAGGCCCUGAAGCCCGAGGCGCUUCAGCCGAGCUUGAAAACAGUGGAUUUGAAAAGUGCUUAUAAACAGUUGGCGGUCUCGCCACGAGAUCGUUGUCUGAGCAUAGUGACCAUCAAGGACCCGGUUUCGGGCCUUCCUUUCGGCUUCGAGAGCCGAACUCGUUUGUUUGGAGCCACCUCUUCGGUGGUUUCGUUCAACCGCGUUGCAAGAUUGAUCCAGAGGGUUCUGAUCACGUUGCAGGUGCUGGCUUGCAACUACUUUGAUGAUUACCCAGUGUUGGAGGUCUUGCCACUUUGCAACAACACGCAGUCGACCAUCAAAGCUGCUUUGGACCUGCUGGGCUUCUCAUGGGCAGAGGAUAAGGACCUUCCUUUCAGCCAUGAAGCCGAGCUACUGGGUGUUAGGGUUGACCUAGGCACUUUCGGGGUAGUUAAGAUUGGGAACAAGCCUGAUCGUGCUGCUUCCAUUGCUGCCGCGGUGGACUCCGUCUUGAGCGAGGGACGUCUUGAUCCGAAGACUCUGCCUUCUUUGUUCGGUCGCAUCCAGUUUGCUGAAGGUCAGCUGCACGGGCGGCUGGGAAGAUUAGCUCUGGCCGACCUCAGAGCGUGCACGAUGAGCUCUCAGGCUCAGGCCCUCGAUGCCACAGCUGUGCAGGCCCUUCGCCAUCUUAGGACCCGGGUUCUUGGGGGUACCCCUAGGAUAGUCCCGGCCUGUGUGGGGUCUCGCCGUUCUGUGAUUUUCACGGAUGGCGCUUACGAGCCGACGAAUGGUUCUUACCCUGCUACUGUCGGAGGAGUCUUGUACCAUUACGACAAUGGAGCGUGGUGCACUUUCUACUUUGCAUGUGCUAUCCCUUUGAGCGUUGUACAGAGCUGGGAGGCUCUCGGGAAAAGGCAUCUGAUAGGCCCAGUUGAGAUGUACGCAGUCGUAUGUGCGAGAGAAGCUUGGUCGAAGCACUUGAACAUGCAAAGGGUGACCAUGUAUGUGGAUCACUCCGGAGUGUUGGCCUCCUUGGUGAAAGGCUCUUCUAAAGACCCUUUAUGGAGGCAGCUCUUGCUGAUCUUUGAGAGUUGCGACGCUGAGGCGAUGCUCCCUUGGUUUAGCCGCGUUCCAAGUGCAAGCAAUCCGGCCGAUCCUCCUUCACGUGCCAAGGCGAUAUUUCCAGUCAGGGGGCAAGUGUGCAGAGUGUCGCCUCGAUGCCCGAUCAAUGGCAAUGCCACGAUUGAUCUCCUUCUUAAGUGA